AGCACAGGUGGGAUCUGGUCAGCAGGAAGUUUAUCAAUGUACAUAUCUUGUCAGUACAGGUGGGAUCUGGUCAGCAGGAGGUUUAUCAAUGAACAUAUCUUGUCAGUACAGGUGGGAACUGGUCAGCAGGAGGUUUAUCAAUGAACAUAUCUUGUCAGUACAGGUGGGAACUGGUCAGCAGGAGCAUAUUGCUAAGCCAUCAAGUCCAAGUUCGGCUCUGAUUCGUGGGUGUUCAGCCAUGGCAGUUGCAUUUUUUGCACCUGAGUUAGCUUCAUCUGGUGUGGACCAGCUUUGUAUGCUCUUUAACUAUCUCACCUCCCACAUUAGUUCUUCUUCAUCUCCCACCUUAGAAUUUUAUCUAGCUGUCGGUCUUGGUAUGAUAAUUCAGAAACUGUGUUGUGAAGGUCAUGCUGAUGAAAAUGGCACAGAGAUCACUAAUCUAAUUCUGAAUAAUAUGAGAAGACUAGAGAGCUGCUGUUAUGGUGAGGAUGAUUCAGACAUGAGAACAGGACCACUCCUUGGAUUAGUUGCUGCUGUCUGUGGGUUGUCUAGAACCAAGAAUUCUGAAUGUCACAGUUUUGUUGAUCAUACCCGAUCAUGGCUGUAUAAAAGACUUAAACAGGAAGAUUCUACCACACUUACUUAUGAGGUGCUGUGUUUAAGCGUUUCCUGGGUGUUUAUGGCUUCUGGUGCAGCUAAUCUUGUUUCAUUAUCUGAUGUAGAAGAAUUAUUUAGGUGGUUUGAAGAAAAGAGGCAGGAAGCUCCUCAGUGUGGAGGAACAGCAGUAUCAAUAGGCUUUCUUGUGGAUACCCUACAAAGACUUGGACACAAUGAUGCACCAAAUCUGAGGGAAACCCUGCUGAAGCUUUGGUUACGAAUCCUGACAUCAGAGGUUUGA